CAGGAGUCAGGAGUUCAGGACAAGAAAAGCGGGAGAAAAGCAAAUGUGCAAGUUGAACUUGAAGAGGAUGGGCGUGCAUUUCGUCUUGAACAUUGACAAGCCUUUGGCUUUGGUCCGCGGAAAAGCUUUUGAAAGGCCGCUGCUACAAGACCAAGCAAGAGAGUGGUUUUGAUUCGUGUUUUCAAAGCUCCAUGCAGAUGUUUUCCGGGUUCGGUGAUCAAGGAUGUUAGCUCUGGCUUCCUUGUAACCUACAUUGCCUUUCUGCAGUAAGUCCAGGAGCGCUACGUACGGUGCUGUUGACACCCAUGUUUUGGUCAACCUCUGUCUGAUUCGUCUCCUUCAGCACACUGAUCAACAUCAAGUCAACUUAGGCACUUUCUCGCACAUAAGACGCUCGCUCUUUGCUUAGCCCUCAGCUCUGACACGGUGCUUUGGGAGGCAGAUUUUGAGAGCAUAACCGCAUUGUACACAAACAUGUCGUACACGCAUCUCUAGUUGCAAACCACUUUCGCGAGCGGCCGCCAUGGUGCUGGGGUUAGAGGGCUCCGUCGCCUCCCCCCGACACCGUUUCGGGCCCCAGUCCUCGCCCAAGGCUGGAAAGCGGCCCGGUGCCAAGGGCUUCCGUGCUAGUGUUGUGCGCGGCGUGCGGGACUGCUUCAACCCCCACUCGACGAGCUGCCUCACCUCGCUUCCGCUUUUUCUGGCCGCGUUGGUUUUAAGUUUCACGCUUGUGCGCUUCUAUGACGCGGUAGACCAGCGGAUUGACGCCGUGCACCGGCUCACGCUGAAGGAGGAGGAGCUGGCGGACGUGCUCGCAACUAGAGCGGAGGCGCGGGUGGCCGUGCUGCAGGCGCGGAAACGGCUGGUGACCCUGGAAGAAGAUGCGGAGUUGCAACGGCAGGAGCUUGAGCGGGCGCUCGCCACCGCCAACCGCCUCGAGCGCGAAAUGACGCGUAUGCAACAAGUCGGGAAGGCCGCACUCCUGCAGGCCAACAAAAAUCCCACCAAUUUAGUUGGAGGGGCGAGCGAAGACGCGGCUCACGAGCUGCUCAUGUGCUCGGCGCACGUGCGAGUCGCACAGGGGGAGAUCAACCAACUAGAGGGGCGGCUUGGCGUGGCGCGCGAUCUGUUGCUGGAGGCGGUUGGAGGACAGGCGUGGUCGGCAAACACGAAAUGGGUGGAGGCGGAAAAGACGGGGGAGAAACUAGACCCGAGGGGGUUUCUGCCGGAGGGGGCGAGGAAAGAAGUCGGCGCGGGCCUGCGAGAAGUUGGGGGGCAAGCUCUGGAGGUGAUCUCGGAAGCGGAGGAAGAGCUCCAGAUUGACCAGCUGGCGAGGAUGCCCCGAGCGGGGAUUGUCAGUCCGGGCGAUGGUUGCAAUCACGUCGCUCCUCCGAGCACCAAGUUCGCGGUGCAGUGGGCGCCUCCUCGGCGGUGGGUCUUCCAACCGAAGGACGGCAUCCUGCAUAACCUGCGGCCGACGAUCUCCCGCCUGCCGCACAUUUCGCCAUGGCGGUGGAUAGCAGUGUGGCAGGCGUCCAAGGGCAAGGAGGGCUUCGGCGACCAGCACCUGCGGUGCGCCUUCUCCGAGGACGCCCGCGAGUGGACCAACUCGCUGUACCUGCCGCUAAAGUCCUCGUCGGGGUGUGUGUGGAGUCCGGUGCUUCACCUGGAUCCCCAGACGGACGUCCUGUGGUUGUUCUACACGGAGAGCGUCUCCUGCAAACAGCUGCAAAAGUGCGACGAUUGCGAGAGCCCGUGGUCCCCUGGGGGCGACAUUUCGUACGUCCGGUCGGAGGACGGUCUUACCUGGUCCGAGCCGGAGACCGUCCUCCCACAGAAAGAGUUUGGAAACAUCCCGCGGAUGAUAGCCGGCCAGCUGACGAUCACUACGGCGGGCGAGUGGGUGCUCCCAUUUUGGGGGCAGCGGCCCCUCGAGGCGAGCUCGGAAGACGCGUGUGGGAGCGACUCCGUUAUGCCGGAGCACGGGGGAGUGCUCGUGUCGGAUACUAACGGGACGUCGUGGCACCCGUACGGGUAUAUCGUCGGGAAAGAUGGGGAGUACAUGCGUGAGGGCAGCGUGGCGCGGCUGGAGGGCAAGACCCUCGUGCAGUACUUUGGGACGUCCAUGGGCGAGUUGGUGGAGAGUCGGAGCGAGGACGGGGGCCACACGUGGGGGUCGGUGCAACCGACCGGGCUCUCUAAUCCGGGCAGCAAGGCGAAUCUGCUGGCGCUCAGCAGCGGCGCUUUGGCUGUGGCGCUUAACAACGCCUCAAAUCCCGGGAACCGGACAAAUUUGCACGUCGCCCUCAUGCGGCAGUACGGCAAGAAGUGGGAGCAGUUUGCGGUGGUAGAGAGCGGCGACGAGCUCGGCGAGCACGUCCACUAUCAGCACCCCACGUUGUUCCAGGACGGCUGCCGUCUUCUGGUCGUCUACUCCGUGCAACCACUCAAGUUGAAAAAGACGCCCUUGGGGGGCAUACGAAUAGCGGAAGUCGAUCUGUCGCUCGCAUCGCUUGCAUCGGACACAAGGACACAGGAACGCAUGUUACUUGCAGAUGGCCGAACUGUUCACGUGACCAGCACGUAGUGUGCGUGAAAAAGAUUGUUUUGAUCAAUCUCCUGGAGUCACCAG